AUAGCAAGGGUAUGGUGACAGUUGCCUUAUGACGUUCAUAAUACUUACUAUUAUCGUGAAUCGCGCUAAACUUUCAAGUUCAACUUUCAAGUUUUGGCUCUCCGAUCAUGGCCUUUCUCUAGCAGUGGACAAAUGCCAAGCAGUAGUGUUUACGAGGAAGAGAUCGAUCCCUACUUUUAACUUUAGUUUGGAGGAACAACCUAUUAACUUGAUAGACAAAGCCAAAUUUCUUGGUAUUAUACUUGAUAGAAAACUAAACGGAAUCGCACAUUCACAAUACAUUUCUAGAAAAUGUGAAAAAGGUAUCAAUGUGCUACGGGCUGUAGCAGGAGUAUGGUGGGGAGCUCACGCUUACUCCUUAAAACUAUUAUACAAUGCGCUAGUUCGUAGUCACAUUGAUUACUGUUUAUUUAUUUUAGACCCCCUAAAUAAAACUACCUCAGAACUGCUGAACAGAAUUCAAUAUAGGUCUCUUAGAAUUGUCUUAGGGGCAAUGAAGUCAUCCCCAACAAAUGCUCUACAGGUUGAAUGUGUUGAUCCUCCGCUGCAUCUCAGGCGACAGUAUCUAUGUGAUAGAUUUAUCAGUAAAACACUUCACCUUUCUUCCCACCCUCUAUGGUCUAAAUUAACCCAGCUAUCAGUAGUCCUUAGACCUAGUAAUCCCUCUUCAUGUCUCCUUAAUAGUUUUGAAAAAUUUACCAAUCUUCCGCAUCCCUUGUCGUCAUUAUCAAUAAAUCCUUUGUAUUCUACGUCAUAUGAGGCCCUUGUUUACAAUCCUCCUGUGAUUACAGAUCUGGGACUAACCAAAGACGCCCCUGAUACCAACACAAAAUUCCAAGAAAUUGUUCAUCAAAAUUGGUCAAAUUACUUGUUCAUCUACACAGAUGCUUCAAAACUCUCCCCUGAAAGUUGUGUUGGUGCAGCCUGCUGGGUUCCCAAAUAUAAAAUAGUUUUGCAAUUUAAAUGUCCUCCAGAAACCUCGGUGUUCACAGGAGAGGCUGUUGCCUUGUUAGAGGCAAUCCUGUUUGCCCGAUCCCAUAACAUAAAACAAACUGUUAUUUUUACUGACUCCCUUAGCUGCUUGUAUUCCAUUAGGGAAAACCCUUUUAGAACAUGGAUACCCAGUCACUCCGGCAUCUCUGGUAAUGAAUCUGCGGACUCUUGUGCUAAGGCAGCUGUACAACUUGGCUCAUUGGAACAUUUUAAAAAUUAUUCACAUGACCUCAGCACCUUAGCAAAAAACUAUUUAGAUAAAUCUUGGCAAUCAUUUUGGAACCAAUCAAAAACCAUUAAAGGUAAAUUCUAUGCCUCAAUUCAACCAGACAUACCCAAGCGACCUUGGUUCUUUCUCCAUAGGUAUGCUGUCAGAUGGGUUACCUCCACAAUAUCCCGUUUAAGACUUGCUCAUGCCUGUACACCUGUCCACUUGAACAAAAUUAGAGUGAGAGAUCACUCUCUGUGCGAAUGUGGUUUGGUGACGAAGGCUCAGUUUCCCAUAUCUUGCCCUAAACUUCUCCACCCCCUAUAUGAUGUUCUCCCUCCUAAAUUUCCACGUCCUUUAAAUGUUGAGUGUUUGUUAAUGUCUGUGUUUAGUCCCUAUUGUAAAUUUAUAUGUAAAUAUAUUCAAUGUAAUAACAUUAAACUGUAAAUAUUAUAUGUGUUAACAAUAUUAAUUUUGUGUUCUUUCAGAAAUGUGACUAACAUCCACACUAACAAAAAAAAAAAAAAAAUCCGCUAUUUAUAGUGUCAAAAUUAAGCUGAUUAAUAAUCAAUUCUUGAUUCCCAGCUUACACCGAUCAACCUCUAAAAGUGUGUCUUCCUUACCCACGCGACAUUGGCGAAGUAAAUUGUACCCAGUUGGUACAGCAGCAAGCCAUAAAAUCAAAAAUUGAAUUGAA